CGGGCCGUCGGGAGCCGGGGCUGGCGGCGGUGCGCGCCGCUGCCACGUCGGACGGGCCGGCCGGCGAUGGCGGCGGGGCUGCUGCUGCUCUGCUCCGCCCUGCUGUGCGCCGCGCUGCGCUGCGCGGGCGCCGCGCUGAUCCCCCCCGCGCCCGACGUGAAGGUGGAGGUGCUGCACAAGCCUUUCCUCUGCCACAGGAGGACCAAGUGGGGGGACAUGAUGCUGGUCCACUACGAGGGCUACUUGGAGAGCGACGGCUCCAUGUUUCACUCGACUCACAAGCACAACAAUGGUCAGCCUAUGUGGUUUACACUUGGCAUAAGGGAAGCUCUCAAAGGCUGGGACAGAGGGUUGAAGGACAUGUGUGUGGGAGAGAAACGGAAACUGACUAUUCCACCAGCCCUUGCUUAUGGAAAAGAAGGGAAAGGAAAAAUUCCACCUGAGAGCACACUGAUUUUCAACAUUGACCUUCUGGAAAUUAGAAAUGGACCAAGGUCUCAUGAGUCAUUCCAGGAGAUGGAUCUUAAUGAUGAUUGGAAACUAUCCAAGCAAGAGGUGAAAAUUUACUUGAAGAAAGAAUUUGAAAAGCAUGGAGCAGUGGUAAAUGACACCCAGCAUGAUGCUUUGGUUGAAGACAUAUUUGAUAAAGAGGAUGAAGACAGUGAUGGGUUUAUAUCUGCAAGGGAAUUCACGUACAAGCAUGAUGAGCUGUAGAAAGAAAACAGUGGCAUAAUUUUUUUUGACACAAAUAGCAGUGACUUAGACUGUCUGGUUCUCGUGUCAUCUUAAUUCUCUGUUUCGGAAUUGACAAUUGCUGUUGGCAAAGAAACACUUUGUUUAUAUGAAAGAGAAUUUCUGUUCAUUAUGUACAAAUGUUUUAAAGUAUUUUAAAGUGUGAAAAUGUAUCUCUGAUACAGCAAAGACUUGCACAUCAGCGUUUUUGAAGUUUUGUAUUAAAUUAUUUUUCAGAAAUGAAACAAACUGUCCAUUUAUCAUUCAUUAUGAAAAUCAAAAUCCAGUUCAGUGAUUUGUUUGUGUGCCAAGGUCACUUUCAGCAGCUACGUUACAUAUUACUUGUAGUCUGUGGUUUAGUUACUUGACCUUCCUUCUUGAGUGUCACUGCUUGAAAAGCAGUUUGCUGACCUUGGGGUUUUUUGUUGCAGAUUUUUAAAAGAUGUAGUAGAAGGCAUCAGCAUCUAUAUGGCUGAGAAACUGAUACAAAGCUGAAUGAGAAGAAUGACUAUCAUGUGCUGAUUUUGCCCUUCUAAAGGGAGAGUGUUACCACCCAUGCCAAAAAUUGUCUACGUUUUUCGUUAAAUUUUGUGAACAAAGCAGGAGUUAAAUUUCAGACUUUCACUUCUACUGCCAGCAACAUUCUAGGAAACAGCUGUAAUUUGGAAAGCAGCAAGUUGUGCUGCAGUGCUGAGGUGGUCAAUGUACACGGCAUUCAUCAAAAAAGCUCAUACCUUUCUCUCACAGUUUGAGGGGGAUCUUGAGCAGAAUGUUGCAAGUCUGAAGUUCUUCCUCUUUGCAGAAGAGAGAAAGUGUACUGACAGGAGGAUCAGUAUGGUCUGAAGAAGUUUCCAUGGGCUUGUCUGCUUUGCAGCUGUGUUGAGUUGCAGAACAUGUUUCGUUGCUCCUUUGCAGCAUUUUUCACAAGUAGCACACAAGUGAUAUGAAUUUUAAACAAAAAAGUGAAUUUUUAGAAAAAAAAGAGGUGUUGAGGUAAGUGUUGUGGUGCUGUGUCUUUACAGAGGUGGAGAUUAUUAGGAUUUCAAACACAAAAUUGGAGUUGAAAGAACUUUUUGGCAAAUAAAUAUUUUGCAAUUCUC